AUGAACGACCCGAGCGUCCCCAUGGCGUACUCCCCGGGCGUCCUCAUCGGCAACUGGUACGAGGAGAUGCGGGUGCGGGAGGACAAGGUGGAACUUUACAAGUCAGCGGCCAAGACCGGGGCGACGCGCGGGACGGCGGCGCUCGAGCUCACCGACGCCACCCACCUGGAGGAGCUGAGAGACGUCGUCGUGCUUGGCCAGCCGCUGCAGCUGGUGAGCGUCGCCACGGGGGCCGCGCUGGCGCUCGACACGGCCCCCCGCUUCGCCCCCAAGCCGCCGCAUCAGUUCUUAGUGACCGCGGUCGACGCCCCGCAGCCGCAGGUGCGCUCGACGUGGGUGCUGCACCGCGCGAAGGACGAGAACAACGCCGCCUACGCCACGCAGCUGCGCGAGGGGUGUGUGCUGCACUACGGCCAGCGGGUGCGGAUCGCCAACGAGGACGCCUCGGCCGACGGCUUCUGCUACCUGCGCUCCGGGGUGCGGGAGAUCGGCCACGCGGGCAGGCAGGCGCUCACCGCGGCCCUCGGGGCCUGCAGGGACGACGUGUUCGUCGUGGUGCGACCCGGCGAGCGGCGGGACGACAUCCGCGACGGCGCCGCGGUGCAGCUGGGCGACCCGGUCGCCCUCUUCCACGCCGCCACCAACCAGCCGCUGCGCUGCACCCGGGCGCUGCAGAACACCUCCUUCGGCUACGAGUUCGAGGUGAGCUGCAGCUACGCCGGCGACGCCCACUCCCGCUCGCGCGCCGCCGUGACGUCGCACCCGGAGAACCUCUUCCUCAUCGGCGGCGCCACGCACGCGGCGCAGAAGAGCAUGUCCUCCUCCACCGCCACAGCGCUGCGGAGUCGCUCAGACGGCGGCAAGUCGACGAUGUCGCUGACGAUGAGCAGCGGCGUCGGGGUGGACCUCGUCAUCGCACGCAUCCGCGACGGCGCGCUGCGCUUCGGCGGCCGGCUGGGGUUUCGCGCCCUCGCAAAGGCGCUGCGAACCGCCUGCAACGAGCACCGCACGACGACGCUCAACCGGGAGCAGCUGCUCCACGGCAUCCACCUCAUGGGGGUGGCGAUGCAGCCGCUGGAGCUGGACGCGGUGUUCAAGCGGUUUGACCGCAGCGGCAACGGCCUCGUCGUGGCGCAGGAGUUCCUUCGCGAGGUGCGGGGGGAUGCGCCACCGCAGCGGCUGGACGCCGUCGUCGAGGCCUUCCAGCGGCUCACCGUCGAGGGCGGCGGCUCCGUCGACUACAGGGACAUGCUCAGCCUGUUCCGCUUCAACGCGCCGCGGCUGCCGGACGUGGAGGAGGGCGUGAUCAGCGCCGCCGAGGCCGUCUUCGAGUUCGUCAACAGCUGGCCCGGCAAGAACGACACGGCCACCGUGACGCUGGAGGAGUUCGUGGCGUACUACACCGACGUCUCGCCGGCCGUGGACGACGACGCCCGCUUCCUGGCGACGCUGCAGCGGUGCUGGGAGAUACCCGAGACCGACGCCUACAAGAGCGGCCGGCCGCGCCGGCACGUCACCGUGCUCCACACCGACGACACCGCGGAGACCAUUGCAAUCCCCGACUCUUUGGUCAUAGACACCCGCGACGCCGCCGCCGUCCGGGAGGUGUUGGUGCAGCACGGCGUGAGGGACAUCAAAGACAUCCAGACUACCAUGUAG